UAGAGAUAGAAGUGGUCCAUUAAUGUGGAGGACGACUUGCAUAAAGCGCGUACCAUUGUAGCGCUGACCGCCAUCGGGCCCAGCUUCUAGAAGCAUCACUGUUUUCUUUCAUGCCUAUUAUCUUACCAUUAACUACAAGACUGAUCUCCUUCAAGCAGACAUCCCUUGAAAUAACUCUUUCGUUCAGAGAGAGAGAGAGAGAGUACAGUUUCAACCAACGCGCUCACUGGCUCCCGUGAUCACAAACCACCGGAGGACAAAGCCGUCACAAAGAUUUCUCAGAGCUGCUGCGAUUGUGAACCUCCUCCGCAACACCGUCUAUAAGAUCACUCUCGAGUCUCGCACCACCGUCGCCUGUUCGCCUCACAUUUUGUUUCUGACCCUUGUGGUGGGCUCUGUCGGGAACACCGGUCAGCCAUGGAGCCCCUAGUCGAUGCAGAGAGGUCACGGCAACUGUCGCUUUUCAGACCUCUAGGCUACCAACGCAAUUCAUGUGGUUACUGUAAAUCAGAGAGAGGAAGUGCUUCUUACUAUGCUAGUUCAGUCUCAGUGCGGCCGGAGCAUUACGAAGAGCUAGUCAAUCGCGGCUGGAGAAGAUCAGGGACUCUGUACUACAAGCAGAACCUGCAGAGGUCAUGCUGUCCGCACUACACUAUGAGGCUCGACGCCUCCGAGUUCAAGCCUCGAAAGGACCAAAGAAAAGCACUCAACCGCUGGAAUAAAUACAUUCUGGGUCCGGAGUACAUGCGCAAGGCUGCGAGACUAUGUCCGAAGACCAGAGAAGAGAAGAAGUACAGGAAAAACAACUUCGACUUGCUCACAGCCAUCCACGAGACCGAAUAUGAGAAUGUGAAACGUCCGAUUGAUCCCGAAACCAAACGGCCCAUCGAGCCAGCGCAUAAAUUCGAGGUCACCACGGAGGGCGACUCUAUCUCUCAGCGCAAAUAUGAGGUCUUCCUCAAAUAUCAAAAGGCCAUCCACAAAGAGGACGAAUCUCGGUGGAAAUCGGCGGAUUUCAAGCGAUUCCUCUGUUCUGGUCUGAAAAAGUCGACGGUCAAGGAAGAUGGAAAGGAACGGAAACUGGGCUCCUGGCACCAGUGCUAUCGUCUGGAUGGAAGACUCAUAGCCGUAGCCGUCCUCGAUCUUCUUCCACACGGUGUGAGCUCCGUCUAUAUUUUCUACGACCCCGAGUUUGGUCACUGGGAAUUUGGCAAGCUGAGCGCACUUAGAGAGAUAGCCUUCGCCAUUGAGAACAACUACCAGUACUAUUACAUGGGCUUCUACAUCCAUUCUUGCCAGAAAAUGCGCUACAAGGCAACCUAUCGACCUCAGUAUAUCUUAGACCCGGAGAGUUAUACCUGGGAUCCUCUCGACGGCGAACUAUCGAAGAAACUCGAUGAGCGUCCCUACGUCUCCCUGUCUCGCGAUCGAAAAUUAGCCUCCCAGAAAGAAAGCGACAAGGACGAAUCCACGACAGCAGCAGCAGAUCAAUCCAGCCAAGGAAAGGAAUCCGAAGAGAACGACGAGGAAAUGUCCCUCUUCGAUAUUCACAUGCCUGGCGUAUUGACAGUGGAGGAAGUACUAGCGCUCGAUCUGGACCACUGGCUUCUCCUCGUCCAUGGAUCAUUCCUCGAAAUGAUCGAUCUCGUCAAUUGGGAAACCUCCGAUAUCAAAAACCCUCAAUCAGUCAAGGGAAUCAUAGGCGAACUGGCAGCCGUCUUGGGACCGAAAAUAGUCAAGGAUUCUGCAGUUGUCUUGUUCGACUGAAUAGGGAAAAGGUCAGGAGAUAGGUAGUACUGGCUACUAGUACUAGUACUUAUCUGCAAGUAAAGUAUUUGUCAAUGGGGAAAUGGAAAUUGAAGAAUUAGUUACAUGCUUCUUGCGGCUUAGUGAUUGGUCUGAAUAAUGGAAUCUUUUUUUAUUGGAACUUUGCUUUGGGCUUUCUUUUUCUGCAGGAUGUUGAGAUUGGGCACUAUCAGAUCGAUUAGAGCGUAAACAAGACUCGAGUUGACUCUACGGUUGUCCAAAUCUUAUAGAUGCCGCUACCGACUAUUUUU